UACUUGGCACGCAUUGAACAGGUCAACCCUCUGUUACGAGCCGUCAAUGAGGUGAACCCAGAUGCCCUCGACAUUGCCGCUGAGCUGGAUGCUAUGCGUGCCAACGGGACCACUCUCGGUCCACUUCAUGGCAUUCCCAUUCUGAUCAAGGACAACAUUGCCACAGCGGACAAGAUGAACAACACUGCUGGCUCCUUUGCACUGGUGGGCGCGAAGGUUCCUCAUGACAGUACCAUGGCGGUGAAGCUGCGUGCGGCUGGCGCCAUUAUCCUCGGCAAGGCCAACCUCAGUCAAUGGGCCAACUACAGGAGUAGUAACUCGUCCAGUGGUUGGUCAGCGUAUGGUGGUCAGGCAACCGGGGCUUACUAUCCCAACGAAGACCCCGGCGGUAGUUCCAGCGGCAGUGGCGUUGCUGCAUCCAUUGGUCUUUGUCUUGCGACCCUUGGUACAGAGACCUCCGGAUCAAUCAUCUCCCCAUCCCAGAAAGGAUCUCUAGUCGGCAUCAAGCCCACCGUCGGCCUCACCUCCCGCUACCUCGUCAUCCCCAUUUCCUCCCACCAAGACACCAUCGGCCCCAUGGCCCGCACCGUCAAAGACGCCGCCAUCAUCCUCCAAGCCAUCGCCGGCCACGACCCCAGAGAUAACUACACAUCCACCAUCCCCUGGGAGGACUCCAAGAUCCCGGAUUACGUCUCCGCCCUCAGCGCCAGCUCCCUCUCGGGGGCAAGAAUCGGCAUCCCUUACAACACCCUCAACCCCAACGCCAGCACGGUAGAGAUGACCGCCUUCUGGUCCGCCAUCGACACAAUGAAAUCCGCCGGUGCCACCAUCGUCGGCGCAAACUUCACUGUCCCCUCCCCUAACACAACCUCCAUCGUCCUCGGCGCAGACUUUGUCUCUGACCUCGCAGUGUAUCUUGAUUCUCUAUCGCACAACCCUUACAACCUCCACACCCUAGAAGACAUCCGCAACUUCACCCAAAACUCCAGCCUGGAGUUCUUCCCCGACAGGGACACCGCCCGUUGGGACGGCGCGCUCGAGCUCGGGUACAACAACUCUGACAUUCGCUUCUGGGAGGAAUACCAGCGCAACCUCUAUUGGGGUGGCGAGGGCGGUCUUUUGGGAGCGAUUGAGCGAAAUGAUCUUGACGCGGUGGUGUUACCCACCAGUCAGGCUGCUGCCAAGGCGGCGAUUCAGGGGGCACCGAUUGUGACGUUGCCGUUGGGGUAUUACCCUGCCACAUGGAACGUUACGAGGAACGCGAGGGGGUUGGUGCAGCAGGGGCCUAAUAUUCCUUUUGGGAUCAGCUUUUUGGGCGGCAUGUUUGAGGAGGAGAAGUUGCUGGCUUUGGCGUAUGCGUUUGAGCAAAGGACUUUGGUGAGGAAGAAGGGGCCGAGGCCGGUGAUUGUGCCGAAUUUGGAGUUAGGGGAUUUUGUGGGGUUUUGA